CGUAAAAAAGUUUUAGAAUUAAAUGAACGUGAAAGUGUUUUUGAAGAGCUGAAAUAAUCUUUUCCAUAGCAUAUCCUCAAUUGGCUUUUAAGGGCUGGCCUUGGAACCCAACGGACUUGAGCAACUUUGUGUCUAUGGGAAUAGGCAUUCUAAAUUCCAAAGAGCACACCUACAAAUGAACUUUGGAACUCAACAAGCUACCCCAAGGCUCCAUGGGCCUGAGCAGCAGGCACUGAAGCUGGGACGAGGUCCCCAGGCUGGUGAGUGGCUGUGCCUCUUGGAGAGGUGAAGGAGCCUGAGCAGCAGUGCCAAGUCGUGAGAAGCAGUGGCUCACCAACGGAGACCGGUCAGCCAGUGAACGAUCCAAUGCCAUCUGUCGACGUGGCCCUCCCGGGCCCGUGCCAUGCUGAUCACUGUGUACUGUGUGCGGAGGGACCUCUCCGAGGUAACCUUCUCUCUCCAGGUCAGCCCUGAUUUUGAGCUUCAUAACUUCCGGGUGCUCUGUGAGCUUGAGUCUGGCAUCCCUACUGAUGAGACCCAGAUAAUCUAUAUGGAGCGACUCCUUGCUGAUGACCACUGUUCCCUAGGUUCCUAUGGCCUAAAAGAUGGUGAUGUUGUAGUCUUACUUCAGAAGGAGAAUGUGGAAUCUCGGCCUCCAGGACGAACACCAGACCAGCCUCGAAUAGAUAUAAGUGGGAUAGCUGUGCCUGGAACAUCCAGCUCCCGCCAGCAGCAGUACCAGCAACAGCAGCAGCAACAACGUGCACAAACAGCCCAGCAGGCCCGAAGCUUGGCUUCCGGAGAGAAAAUGGUAUCUUCUCAAGGUCUGGACAGCCCAGCCUUGAUCCGAAGCAUGCUGCUUUCCAAUCCCCAUGAUCUGUCCCUGCUGAAAGAACGCAACCCUCGUUUGGCAGAAGCUCUGCUCAGUGGAAACCUAGAGACCUUUUCUCAGGUCCUGAUGGAGCAGCAAAGGGAGAAGGCUCUGAGAGAACAAGAGAGGCUUCGCCUUUAUUCUGCUGAUCCAUUUGAUCUGGAAGCUCAGGCUAAAAUAGAAGAAGAAAUCCGGCAGCAGAACAUCGAGGAAAACAUGAAUAUAGCAAUAGAAGAGGCUCCCGAGAGUUUUGCACAAGUGGUAAUGCUUUAUAUUAACUGCAAAGUGAAUGGGCAUCCUUUGAAGGCUUUUGUUGACUCAGGCGCACAGAUGACCAUCAUGAGCCGAGCUUGUGCUGAGAGAUGUAACAUAAUAAGGCUGGUGGACCGACGAUGGGCUGGGAUUGCUAAAGGAGUGGGCACACAGAGAAUUAUUGGCCGCAUUCAUCUAGCUCAGAUUCAGAUUGAAGGUGAUUUCUUACAAUGCUCUUUCUCUGUACUCGAGGAGCAGCCCAUGGACAUGCUUCUAGGACUAGAUAUGCUCAAAAGACACCAAUGUUCCAUUGACUUGAAGAAAAACAUGCUGGUGAUUGGUACCACUGGCACACAGACUUUCUUUCUUCCUGAGGGAGAGUUACCACCAUGUGCUAAGCUGGUAAGUGAUACUGGGUAUGAGGAGUCUUCUGACAAGGAAGUAGCAGAUCCUACUAAAAAAUCAGUCACGGAUUCAGGACGGAAAAGGCACUGAAGCAGGUUGUAAAUGUAUCACCACCUUGAGGCUGUCUCAGGUCCCAAGAAAUUAUAAGAAAUGAGCUCAGUGGCAAUGUAACCAUUAAAAACAUCAGUAACAACU